CAAUCUAUCAGUCAGUAGCUAAGAAAAUCUACUACGUGUAUGGUAGUAGCAGCAUCGGCUGAUAUUUUCGUUCAUUUUUGGUUAUUUUUAUCCGGCGAUUGGUCGGUCAGUUUUUAACUUUUGUGUUUGAUUCUUUGUUAGGGCAGGUGGCAUUGUAUUUAUAUGUUUUUCUUAUGUUUCUUUACUUUUGUGUCUUCCGGAUAUUCAGCAGUUCGUUGUUCGGGGGAUAGGCUUGGCCCUAAUGGCUUAACCCGGUAACGUCGGGACAGCCUCCAAUUUUUUUGCGAGAAGAACUGUAGAAGACUAGUGCAGUGGCACCCGGAAGUCAAAAAUAACGCAUCGAUGGCCUUGUUGGUAUUCUUGAUCGCAGCUGCCCACUGUGUCUACACGCCUUUUACAAAGGUGGAGGAGAGCUUCAAUCUUCAGGCGAUUCAUGACUUGCUUUACCAUCGACUAAACGUGUCACAAUAUGACCAUCACGAAUUUCCCGGAGUGGUUCCCAGGUCCUUCCUGGGACCGCUAUUUGUCACAUUUCUGGUGACGCCAAUCGCUACGGCACUCGAUUAUCUCGAAGUAAACAAAUUCUGGAUGCAAUAUGUCGUUCGCUUCGCUCUGGCAGCGAUUGUGGUGUUCGCGUGGAACAAGCUUCGCGUCACAAUUCACAAACGACUUGGCGUUUCCGUCUCGUUGUGGUACAUUCUCAUCACCAUUACGCAGUUUCACUUUAUGUUCUACAUGAGUCGUCCACUGCCAAACAUCAUGGCACUGCCGUUGGUUCUGCUCGCGGUGAACUACUGGUUGACACGAAGUGUCAAACCGUUCAUUGUAUGCUCCGGAGCUGCCAUCAUCAUCUUCCGAGCAGAGUUGGCCAUGCUUUUGGGAUUGUAUCUCCUGUACGACUUGUACUACAAACGAGUGCACUUGGAUGUUGUGCUGAAAACGACAAUCAUAGCAGGCGUUGCGCUUGUGCUUUUAACGGUGGCAGUUGAUAGUUUCUUCUGGCGCCGCCUACUAUGGCCGGAGGCGGAAGUUUUUUGGUUCAACACCAUCCUGAACAAAAGCUCCGAAUGGGGUACCUCGCCGUUCCUGUGGUACAUCUAUUCGGCGCUGCCACGUGCCAUGGGACUAUCGUUGCUGUUCGUCCCCUUCGGAUUGGUCCUGGAGACCCGCAUCCGAUCGCUAGUCAUUCCCGCGGUGGUGUUUGUACUGCUGUUCUCCAUGCUGCCGCACAAAGAGUUGCGUUUUAUCAUCUACGUGUUUCCGCUGCUGAACGUAGCCGCUGCUUGCGCUUGCAAUAGGAUAUGGAUUAAUCGAAAAAAGACAAUCUUCAAUAAGUUCCUGUCGUUCGUGGCCAUCGGGCACCUGUUUGGCAAUGCGUUCCUGACGAUGUUCCUCCUGUUGGUUGCGGGAACCAACUAUCCUGGAGGAGUCGCAAUAUCUAGAUUCCACCGGUUGGCAGCUGGCGAGGCUAACGUCACCCUCCACAUAGACAACCUGGCAGCCCAGAGUGGCGUUUCCCGGUUCUCUCAGAUCAAUUCAGAUUGGAUUUACAGCAAAGAAGAGAACUUGUUCCCAGGUGAGAAGCGACUGCACCGGUUCGACUACCUCCUAACCGAAGCGCGCGACAAGUACUCGGAUGAGAUGCGGCUCCUGGGGCAGACGCACGAAAUCCUGGAGUUUGUCGAGUGCUUCAACAGUAUCGGGCUGCAGUACAAGUCGCUGCUCCCGGUCAAGAUCAAGACCAAACCGUGCAUUUUCAUCAUGAAGCGCCGUGAGGGAGUGGAUCCCGCCAGGAUCCGGUUGAACUUCGAAGACAUACUGGAAACGAACAGUAUCGGUGGAAGCGGAUCGCUGAGCGAUCCGGAGUUUCCGACGUUCGAAAUCGAUGGACGAGAGGAAGAUGAGAUGGCUCAGAGUGAACAGGAGCAGGAGCAAGAGGAGGACGAGGAAACGACACCAGAACCUGAACUGGAAGAGUUGAACGUGCCAGAGGAGAAGGAAGAACCUCAGCGGUAUCCGAAGCCGAUUAGAAAUCGCCGCAGUAAGGAAUCGACGCUGAAACCCUUGCAAACGGUGAGGAAAUCCACCUCGAAGAGUCGAAUGAAAAUCAAGGAGAUUCUCGAGGAAAACGCUCACCUUCUGAAGGAAGACGACGGGAGCGAAACGCGUGAGCAGAAGCGGGUUAAGAUGGCGUCCUAUCUGGCGAAGGCGUCCUCAUCGACGCAGCUCAAGACGGCCCAGAAGAUCAUGCGGGAGGAGAAGCUCAAACAGAUGGCUAGUGAACUGAGCAAAUUAGACUUUAGCGGGCUGUGCAAUCUGGAUCGAAUGUCGACGCGGGAGUGUCUGCGGAAAAUUAUCGACGAACAGUACGGCGAGGAAGACGAGGAUGAUGAGGUAGAGGGCGACGAGUGAAGAGUUGGAGGGGUGAUUGGUAGAACCACCGGAUAAUAGCUUUAAAGACAAAACGAGAAACGAUUAGACCGAAUGACAACUUUCAA